AUGUUAUUCAACAACAUCACCAAAUAUAUUAAAUGCAAUAAUGGAGCAAACACACUCAAUGCAUGUUUUCUGAAAUCAGUGACGACAUCAUCAUCAUCAACAACAAACAACUAUAGAUACAACAACGUCAGCAAUGGGUGUUAUUCAAGUACGAUAGUAACAUCAAAUAAUAGAAUAUACAACAAUAAUAACAACAACAGAUACUAUACUUCGUCACGACCCAAAGUGAUGGUGAUUGCUGGACCAACGGGUAUUGGUAAAUCGAGGAUUGGUAUAGAGAUUGCAAAGCAGAUAGGUGGUGAGAUUAUCUCUGCCGACUCUAUUCAAGUAUACAAGAAUAUGUUGUCUGUUUUACGAGAGAUUGACCCUGAAUCGGCCGACUCGCUUACACGAAACGAUUAUCGUCGAAUGGCCAAGUCAUUCUACGUGUACUCGCAGACUGGCCAAAAGUACAGCAGCUUCAAGAAGCGUGACCCGGGGCCUGCCGAGACACUCUACGACUUUAGAUCAUUCUAUGUGACUACGCGUCGAGACUUUCUCAUGUUUUUACUCAACUAUCGGUGCGAAUGGAUGAUCCAAGACGGACUCGUCAAAGAGGUAGUCGACCUACUUCUCAACGGUAUGUCACCCAGCGAUGCUGCCGCACGUUCCAUUGGAUACCGUCAGUGUGUUGAAGCACUCCUCACGCCCAUGGACACCCCCAUCUCCAAAGACCACGCCACCAACUUCCUCAACGACUUUAUGUCUAGCACCCGAGCCUACUCUAAGCGCCAAGCCAUCUGGUUCCGAAAGUGCGAGCGUACCCAAUGGGUCAAUCUCUCACCACUCCCAGAAGAAUCUCUCUCCAUCUUUAACGGUGGUCAAGAUCUAAGUAGUUGGAAUCCAAAAUCAAAAAACUCUGUUCCAACUGGAUGGUCACCAAUCUCUCCUCCAUCUCCAACACUUUCAACUGUCGAACAUAGUAGUAGUAGUAGUAGUAGUAGUAAACAAUUUAAUCAAACGCCAGAAGGAUUUGAAUCGGCAAUUAAUACAGAGGAAUCUGAAGCUUUAAAGACCAACUCUAAACAACUUUUAAAGGUUUGCAAGGAAACCAAACACGAAUAUCUAUUAUUUAACCAAUCGACCAUACUUCCACUUGCCAAAUUGAUUCGUAGUGGACGACAAUACAUCUAUGAAGCAAGACCAGAAUUAUUUACUCCACAACUUAACCCACAUUUAAAUGGAACUGCAACCAAAAAAGGAGAUAGAAUGAACCAAUAA